CUUUUUAAUAGAUUCUGAAUUACUAAAACAUGUCAUAAGUCUGGCAAGUCAAGAUCCAAUGAAUGAUCCAAUCUAACUCUAACUCUAGAUCUAGUCUCUAAUCAACUCUAAUUCUAAAAGUCUAGACACUAGAUUCUAGAUCUGGUCUAGUGUGCUAGACUAAAUUGAAACUUUCCAAAAUCAACUUCAAGAUAUCUAGAAUACAUAAUUUAUGAAUGAAAGAAAAAAAGUGCGGGCUGCUAAUUUGAAGCUAGAGACCAUGCCUACUGCAGGAUGCCGCCCAAAAACAACAAAGGAGUUACUUUCUCUGAAGCUUCUUACCUCCGUGUUGUGGGUACACCAUCAUUUGAAGAGGAGUUUAUUGAGCUUGUCCAUCGGACGCUCCGUCUUGUUGAAGGUGAAAAAGAAAAGACACUGCCUAAACACAAAGAUUUAGAUAAGCCUAAGAAAACAGAACUUGCCGCCAAAAAAAAUGUGGGCAGCAAGAUGGAAGACCUUCAUGAGCAAGUUCUGUUGAGAAGAAACUCAUUAUCCAGACAGUGCAAGACUCCACGCAAAGACAGUGUUUCAGACUCCCUGAGUCAUUCCCGUGAUGUUCAGGUAGAGAAGAAAGAAAGAAAUGCUGUGGCAAAAAAUUUACUCAAUGUUCCAGAAGAAGAGACUCCUAAUGAUGUUACCAUCAACCAAAAUAUUGUUGAAACUAUGACUCCUGAAGAUGUCAGCAUAGAUCAAAAUACUACCAAAGCAAUGACUCCUCAUGAUGUUAAUAUAAAUCAAAGUACCAUUGAACUAAUGACUCCUGAAGUGAUGACUCCUGAUGAUCAAAAUUCCACUGGAGCAAUAACUCCUGAUGUUAAUAUGGAUCAAAAUACUAUUGAAGCAAUGACUCCUGAUGUUAAUUUAAAUGAAAAAGCCAUUGAAGUUAGUACUCCUACUGGUGCUCAUUUUGAACAAAACACCAGUGAUGUUCAAAGAAAUGAGAAAGUGAGUCAUUCUAUAAUCAAUGUUUCAGAAGUAGUAAAUCCAGAUUAUGUUAAUAAAUAUCAGAUUACCACUGAAUCAAUAACUCAUCAACCUUCUGAAGGGAUGAGUUCUUCUGAUGGCGAUUUUCAAAUUAAUCAGAAUAACAGCAAACUGGUAACUCAACCUAAUGAAGCUCAGCCAAAUCACAGCCAAUCGGAUGAUAUUUUAUGUCUUGUGAUGCCCUCGUUGUCAGAUGAAGAGAGUGACGAUGACAUCUCUGUUUCCCAGCCUACGUUAGAUUAUUGGAAAGGGGAAGUGUCUGUUGCAGGAAGCAUUCAGGUAGACCCCAGAAAGUCUUGUGAUCUUGGCACUACAAUGGAACCUGACUCUACAGAAAUCAGCGACGGCAGCAUUGCUAAUCAGCCAGCUACUCAGGUCUCAUCACUUCAUGAGAUAUCACAGAAUGAAACGCAUGACUUCUCAGAUCAGGACAUACCUAUAUUUUCUGUCAAGAAAGACACGCCAGAGUCAUCCCCUAUGAAACAGACAGCGGCUAAAAAAAACAGUGUCUGGGCUGAUGAGCUGGAAGAGCAGAGCAUAGAGACAACUGAAACUUGCCUUGGGCAACUUAAUGAUGCUGAAGGCUUCAAGAGAUCAGAACUCACUGUGGAAGAGCAUGCCACCUACCUAAGGCUGUACAACAAAUAUGUCAAACCCUAUCUUUACAAGAGACCCCCUGACAUUUUUGGGCAGCAGCAGAUACAUGAGUUAUCUACUCUUGAGUCGCUGCAAAGGAGAGUUGUGAAUGAGCAGGCAGAGUUUCAGAAAUAUUUACACAAGUUGGCUUUGAAACACCCUCAAGGCUAUAGGUUUCUAAAGGCCGGCGCCAGGCACUACGCAUCUAAAAAGGCCUGCGCUUUUCGUUUAAAAAAAGAUUAUGAAACACUGUUCCAGCCAGCUGCCAAAUGUAACAUUUCCUUCAGGUCUAGAUCACCCGAUGCUGAGCUGAGUUUUUGUCAGACAGUUCUAGAAGUGGGUGUGCCCCCAAGGAUUGUCCUGCCAGAUAUCCAAGGAGGAAGCAAGCCGGUGCCAAUAGAGCAUGCUAUUAAAAAACUGGACUACAAUUUCCCAAGGUCUUCAAAAAAGUUAUUUCCUGGGUUUAUUCAUCAUGAGCCAGUCAGUUCUGAUGGUAAUAUGAAAGCGCUGCUCAUCAAACACAAGAUCCAAGUUGCCAUGUCUUCGAGUGUGGUCAACUGUCUCUUCAAUAACCAUGGGCCAGACUAUGCCAAAGCUUGGAACAUUCCAGUGACUGUGGAAACAUAUCAAUCAGAAGGUUCAAGUCACAAGCUAAUCUUCCUGGACAAACCUUUGUUUGAAGAUGACCUCCUCAUCAGAGACUACAGUACACUGUUUCAUAAAUAUGCUUUGCGAGUAUUUGUCUCCCAAACUAAAAUCAGAAACAGUCGUAAUAUCAGGUCUAUUCCUCGACUGGCGCACAACAUAAGUGCUCCUGAUCUCAGUAAGCCCUAUGAUGACACUUUUGACAUAUUCUCAUCCAGCGGUGAUUCCCUGGAGACAUUUGGCACAGGAGCAGUUAAACCUCUUCCCACCAGCUCAUCACCAGGAGGAAUGCGCACUCGAGCAGCAGAAAAACAGAAGAGCUCGACCGACAGUUCAUCUGAUGAGCCGAAAUCGAAAAGGGCUAAAGUGGAAACCCAAGGGAGAAAAUCAAAAAAAGAUGCACAUCAAAGGUUGUGUCCCUUAUCUCCGGUACCAGACACUCCAUCUUCCCCCCUGUCCACACCUCUCUCCCCAACACUUUCCUCUCCCUCAUUGUCCCCUAAAAAACAAGGUCAGAGGGUUCAAGAAAUUCCCUUGUCCCCUGUUCACAAAGGAGGGCCCCAUGCUACAACCAAUCAUUCCCCUGCUGUUUCAUCUCCAAAAGAAAGCUUCAGCCGCCGCCAAUCUCUCCGCAAUUUUGCCAAGGCCAGUAAUAGUGAUAUGCCCCGCAUACCUAGUGUAGACAAUGGUGACUCCUUGUUGUGUCCAUUAGAUUCUAUUCUAGGACAGCCUCUCAAACAGCCAAUGUCGAGUUCAGAAAUCCCCAGAGAGGACCCCUCCGAGUACAUGGGACCAACAGAAGAUUUCUCCAGUCUUUUGUACAAUUUGUUUACUAUUGGGGGUAAGAAGAUACUCAUACGAUGUCGGUCACAUGGUGUGCUGAAAGACAGCAAAAAGUCUCGGCAAGUUUAUUUACUUCCUAAACUAGAAUAUCAAUCCAAUCAUGGCUUUGAGCAAACAACUCUGAAAGAAGUGGUAAAAAGUUGGACCUCAUGCUAUAUCAGACAGAAGACAAAUUUACUUAGAGUUCGCAUUAACAGUUUCAACUCUGAGAUUCUCAUGUAUGAAGAGCUGGAGCCCCAGCAGAUCCUAGGAGGUACAUUCAACUUUCAACCCAAAGAUGGCUUUCAGUUUUUAGAUACAGUUUUAAAUCAUUUGAUGAGCUUGGGUUGUGGCAAAUACCUCUUGAGUCAUGAACCAGGCAAAGAUUUUUGUGCACUUCGAUGCCUAAAGCCAGAAGGAAACAGAGAGAGGCAAGUACCUGAGGCUGUUUCUGUGAAUAAGAUCAACAAUGACAACACUGUGCCCUGGAUCCCAAUUGAUCCAACAUUAAUUACACAGACGCAUCUUGCCUAUGGAAGAAUUCCAGCCACUUUUAUACCGAAAGAUUUUAGUAAUAGUAAGAAAAAGAAAAAGAAUAAAAAAAACUUCAAGAAAGACAAGGAUCAUCAAGGCAAGCAGCAAAAUGACAAAAGUAAUGGGCACGCUAGUAGAAAUAACAAGGGCAAGACAAAGUAACAGAUUUGUUGUUGUUUUUUGUUUUAGAUUGAAUUGAUCAAGUGGAACUGAGAUAGAAUCUCUAUACUGUUGUUAAUGUAGUACUGGUAUUUGAAUUGAGAACAAAAAAUAAAAUCUUGAAUAUAAUUUGAGAUAUUGAUUAACACAAAAAAAACAAGUAAGAAACUUAAUUAAAAUUUAAGUUUAGCUAUUUAAAAAAUUUAUUGCACUGUUGGAAUAUCAAUGACGUAAUGGAUAAUAUUUACUAGCAGGUUUCAAUAAAUGCUGAAUUUAAAAAAUUAUUGUUUGAACUGCUGCAGCAAGGUUAAGAGUGUAAAUAAUUUGUACAUUGUAGUUUGUUUUUUUAUUCCAAUCUCUCUGAGGCCUAGUCAAAACAAAUUCUAUUGAAUAAAAUAAAUGUUCAAGUGGA